AGCGUCUCCCGCCGCCGCUGCCCCUGCCCUGCGCCGCGCUGGCGGGACUGCGAACGGGGACUUUAUACCGCAAAACCACUCUUCUCUAAAUAAUGUGCUGUUGACAAGUCAUUCUGGAACCUUUUCAGUGAUUCUCUGCCACAGUUCGCACACAAAAGGAAACUGACCAACGGGACACAAAAGCCCAAGCAUUCAUGACCCUCCCUAACUGAACAAGCACGGCUUUCCAGAAGAAUUGACAUCACGGAAAAUAAGUUUAGGGUCUGAAGGGUCAAAUACAACCGACACGUGUGAUCACAUUCGUCCUCGGCCAGAGAGUUGUCCCUGACCUCAGGAUUUAUGGACCUGACAUCUUCAACACCUGCAGAGAGUCCACAACCGUACUGGCUUCUCCAGUUCCUGGCUUUCAAAGCAUCUCCCAGCAUGGACGGAGCUUUCGUGGGCACUUGGAGACCUCAUCGCCCACGGGGCCUCAUCUCGGCCCAGUUCACCAGCCCUGGACCCAAAUACUCAGUCCAGGGGACAACGGGUUACAUCAACCACAACCCCACCAAAGUCAAAGCCCCUGCGUACACCUGCAGAGGGGCAAAAGCUCCUGCGGAAGGCGGCUGCUCCCCAGGCCCUCGCUAUUACGUGGAGCCCUCCAUGACCAGGACUGGGAAGUACGUGGCUCCAGCCUACGCCAUCACUGGACUUCCCAGGAUAAAGACGGAGAUCACACCUGGACCCAGCGAUUACAGCCCGGAGAAGUCCAACCGACACAUCUUUAAGUGCCCGCCUGAGCUAUCCAUGGCCUUUCGGAACAGGGGACUCAAAACCGACUUCACUCCAGGUCCCGGCACCUACACCUUGCCCAGGGUGCUGGGCCCCAACACGGCGCACACGCCUGCCAGCCCGUGCUACUCCAUGAAGAGCAGGAGUCAGCGGGAUCGCUACGAUGCUGAUCUCGCCAAGACCCCAGGCCCUGCGGCGCUCCCAAAGAUCGAGCUGGAUGUUUUCAAAACCAGAGCUCCUGGGUACACCAUGGGAACCCGAACUCAGCUCCGAGACAAGACGGUCAAACCGGGGCCGGCGGAUUACCGCACGGGAAGGGUAAGGCAGCCGCCUUCUGCUCCUGCGCGGCUUUGCUGCAGUGACAAGCUGCAGGACAGCCCUCCUGUCCCUUCCCUUGUCCCCAGCCCAGCAGAGGGAAGGCAAGGAACACUGCUUUACCUCACAAGGGACAAGCAGACACAGCUCCCAGCCUUCCUAAUGCUGGGAAGACGAAUUUGGAGGGGACAGGAAUCCAGUAAAUCUGGCUGGAGCUCGACAUCCUCUGGACUCAGACCCAGCUUUUCACACCAGCUGUGAUGAGCUUUUCUGUCUGUUACCUGCUGAAAUCUAGACUUUUCUUUUACUGUCCUCAAAAACAAACUCAGUGGAUGCCUUUUACCUGCUGCUAAACUGGUUUUCUCUUUUGCUUACAUACGUCCCUCAUAACGAGAAGGAAAUGCAGUGGAUCACAGCCUCAGGACAUCUUGAGUGCUCUGCUCAUACUUGAGGUUUCCAAGAAGUGUGCUGCACGAAUAGGUGCAGCGAGCUGGAGGCUGCAAGGCACACGUACUGCGGUGUGCGAGGAGGAGCUGCCAGUGCCCAUCGGCACCCUUGUUCCGGCAGACGGCCGUCGCUGAGGACAAGUCUGCUGGGUCAGGACACUGAACUGCGCUGCACCCACAGCCAGCCCUGACCAAACAGAGACACAGAGAGAUGCAGAGUGACUGUCCAGAAAUGGCACUGGGCUCGGGGCCACGGGCAGGGCAACAGGCACCCAGACAAGCGAUGACAAGGGCCCAUGGUCACCAUUUCCUCCUUUACUCCUACCAGGUGGAGCUGAUCAAGCCCCAGGCGCCUGCAGCCACGUUUGGACUGCGCCAUUCCGUGUACACCACUCCCCUGAUCCUCGACGUUUGAGAUGUGUUGAAUAAAACAACGUGUUGCUCAGAGAGGUUUUCUCUUCACCUUGAGACAAGGGGAGGGGUUUCUGUGGGUGAGGAAGAGCUGCUUGCUCUGUUUAACCCUACAAGCAGCAAAAACCCUACAAGGUUCAGAAUGGAGGGCAAUCAGGUCCUAGUAGAAGCAACAGCUCUAACUGCACAUUUUCUCCUGAUUGCCCUAACACAACCAAACGAGGACCCUGAUUGCUCACUUCACCCUGGACGUGUCUUGUUCUUCCUCUGACACCUGCUGCACACCUGGCUGAGGACAGAUACAAUCCACACAGUGCGACUGGAGCUGAACGCUGCACCCCAAAAGCAGCCGGGUCCUUCCCUGCACGCUCUCAGCAGAGAGCAGAGCAUCCUGGGGACAGCUCAGGAAAAAUAAUCACUAAUUCCUGUUUGAAAAGGCAAAAAGUAGUGAUACAGCACGGAUUUCUCCUGGGUGAUACGGGAUAUUUUCUAUAGGUUUGCCAUGAUGUGUCUUGGAGGCUCAAUUACAUAGUUAUGACUUUGGACAGUAACACUUUGGUUUUGGUCACUAGUGCUAUGUCAUUGUAGGACGUUCUUUGACCAGAGACACGUUUCAGGUGUCAGACCAGGGCUGCCCAAAGCACUCUUGCUCUGAACCAGCUCGUACAAGCCUGCAUGUUUGCAAUCAUUAGAGCUUUAUCCUGGGAUACACGAUGGGGGACACAGAGAAGUGUCUGCAGGGGAAAUAGGUGAUUUGCACAUUGGAGACUUUGUUUCAGCCCCAGGAAACGUCAAGUGCCAGCAAACUCUGUGCAAACCAUACACAGGCACAACCUGGAAACACACACAGGACCUGGAAACACGGGCACAACGUGGAAACACGGGCACGACCUGGAAACACGGGCACAACCUGGGAGCACAGGCAGCAGGAGCCCAAGACAGCUCCAGUUCGUCUCCUCUGCCAGUGUCCAGCUGCAAACUCAAGACAUUGGAGAACAUCCGCUGCCUCAGGCAGCCCUGCGGUAGAGACACCUCACCUGAGGUUCACAUGCCUUGGCUUCCCAUGUUUCAAACUCCUGAGCUUAAUAGGAAAUUUUUAAAUGUUUUUAUUUAUAUGUUUAAGAUCUAGAGGUAUUCUGAUGAUCAGGAAAAAAAAAA